GCGUGCGCUCGUUCAUACACACACGUGCAUACGCGGACUUGGCACACACCACCCUCAAGGCCGUAGGUCGAAACGCAGGCUAUUCCCGACCAACGGAUUACCCACCGAACCACAGAUAAAUAUACAAUACUUCGCACUGUUUAUCUCAGUUAUGGAUCAGUCGCCUGAUCGCGAUAUAUAUGAGGGAUUUGAGGAGUUCAACAGUAAAGGAGAUGUCGAUAAUUUUUUAAACGAUCCUGACUUCCUGCGUGCGGUGAAAAUUUCCUCCUGUGGCAGAAAACAGCCAAUCCUUGGCCGAAAUCUACCAACAGCUGCAACAAAGGCGGCUGUGGUUGCCUCUUCUGGAAGACUUCCAACGGGGAUUCGCUUGUUUACAGCAGCAGGCCCAAAUGCCGGUGAUGCAGCACGACCGAUGACUUCUGUUCGGGCUGCCGGCUAUUCCUCCAUGGGUUAUCGGGGGUCUACUGCUGCGGAGUGCGGUGCGAUAUGGGCAGAUGGCCGGAUGACUUCAGAGGCACGUGCAGUACAAUCUCUUGAGGUGGGAUCCAGUGACAAUCCUGAGGAAAGAAUAAAACUUAUGGAGAAGAGCGUGAAUCAACUGCUUGAAGAUAGCUGCAUUGCAGCCAGCCAAGGCGAGAUUACUCUGGCAUUUGAGAAGGUGAAAGAAGCCGGCCGCAAGGAACGUGUGUUGGUUAGACAACGUGAACAACUUGGAGUGGCCGACCAAAUCAACUUGGACCUCACUUAUUCGGUGUUGUUCAACUUGGCCACCCGGUACACUGCAUGCGGCAUGUACCAAGAGGCACUGAAUACUUAUCAGGCUAUCGUACGCAAUAAACUGUUUGCGAAUGCAGGCAGGCUCAAGGUAAACAUUGGAAACAUAUAUUUUGCUCAGAAGCAAUACAUGAAAGCCAUCAAAUUUUAUCGCAUGGGCCUCGAUCAGCUGCCGAACACACACAAAUCAACACGGAUCAAGAUCAUGCGAAACAUUGGGAUUACAUUCAUCAAAUUGGGUCAGCUUAAUGACGCCAUCACGUCAUUUGAGCACAUUAUGCAAGAAGAACCGGAUGCGAAAACAGGGUUCAAUUUGAUCUUAUGUUACCACUUGAAUGGAGACAAAAACAAAAUGAAACACGCAUUUCAGCAAUUAACGAGGGUUGAUCUUCACUUGGACGACGAAGACAGGUACCUCCCACACAACGAUGAUAAACACUAUGAGUUAAUUUUGGAGGUAAUACGGAACGACGCUCUUCGCCUGUUUGAAAAGAAAAGAAAAUCCGACGCGGAAAACUACAUCAAGAUAGCCGCAAAGCUGAUCGCACCGGCAAUCGAGGCAAACUUCAACACUGGUUACGAUUGGUGCAUCGAGCAAGUAAAGAUGUCCCCAUAUCACGAAUUGGCAUACGAUUUGGAGAUCGACAAAGCAGUGAUGUAUCUGAAGCAAAAGGAUUUCCAUCAGGAAGCUGGUAAAUCACUGCACACGAAGGCUAUCGAAACAUUGAAAUCAUUCGAGAGAAAAGACACGCAUGUUGCCAGUACCGCUGCAACAAACUUGUCAUUUUUAUACUUCCUGGAAGGGGACCUGAUUCAAGCUGAUCGGUACGCGGAACAGGCAAUGACGGCUGACCGUUACAACUCCUCAGCUUUGGUCAAUAAAGGAAAUGUACUAUUUCGACAACAAAACUAUGAGCGGGCCCGUGAUUGCUACGCAGAAGCUCUGCAAGAUGACUUCACCUGCGUGGAAGCAUUGUACAAUUUGGGCCUAGUGUACAAACGCAUGGAGCGCAAUGAAGAAGCAUUGGAUGCGUUCUUCAAGCUGCACAACGUGCUACGCAACAGUUCCCCCGUUAUCUAUCAGAUAAUGGAUACGUAUGAAAGACUGGAGGAUUCUACGCAAGCUCAGGAGUGGGCAAUGCAGCUGCACGGCCUGGUACCGUCCGAUCCCUUCCUGCUUCAGCGCCUGGGUGAUAACUACGAACAAGAGGGGGACAAAUCACAAGCCUUCUCGUACUACUACGACUCUUUCAAAUACUUUCCAUGCAACUUCGACGUGAUUGAAUGGCUCGGGGCAUACUACAUCGAAUCACAGUUCAGUGAGAAAGCAAUCACCUACUUUGAGCGGGCCAGUUUAAUGCAGCCAAACGAAACGAAAUGGAUGCUCAUGAUCGCUUCGUGUCAUCGAAGAAGCGGGAACUACCACCAAGCCCUAGAAACUUAUAAAACAAUGCACCGACGUUUUCCGGAGAACACGGAAUGUCUACGAUUCUUGGUCCGAUUGAGUACUGAUAUGGGACUUCCCGAAGCACAAGACUAUGCUAAUAGUCUUAAAAAGGCAGAGAAGUUAAAAGAGGCGCGGGAACAAAGACAGUUAUCUGCGAGCAACCGACGGGGACUCGCCGCACGUACCAAAACAAGCAGAGAAAACUCUGCUAGUGCAAGCAGUGGAGGUGACAGUCGCGAAGGCAGCGCUAAACGCAACCUCGCAAAGGGUUCAAUAGGUCGAACUGGUAUCAGAGGUCUCCCUCGACAAGUGGAAGCAGCCAAUGAAACAUUACUAAACGGUGAUGGAGAACACGAAGAAUCUGUGGUUUACAAGGACCCGUUAGGUCCAGCUGCAGAACGACCGAAAACUGCGUCUCGGUCUCGUCCUUUGCAGGAUGACUUCGCAGACGAAGAAGUCGAUGACACAAUGCUGCCAGACUGAAUUGGUUGGCAGAUCUUCAUACUUUAUCAGCUGGUUCACUUAUCAAAGUAUCCCAUCUGUACAUCUAUUAUGCUAAUUUGUCUCACUCGGGACAUGGUUUUGCUAGACAUCUUUGGAUAAAGGGUAGCACUGGAUUAAGAACCAUCGCUUUAGGUUUGAUAUAGUACCGAGCACAGUUACAUGGUCUAGCG